GAGAGACCCCGGUUCCCGAAGGUGAUUGGGCGCGGGAGGAGGGGCAGCGGGAGGAGCGGGUCCCGCGGCGGGGCUCGCAGGAAUCGCUGGCUCCGGCUGCCACCUAGCGGACGGGAGCCGCUCCCGGGCGGCACAACGCCGAGUCCCUCCUCCCCUCCCCGCAGGCAGCCUGUGCCUUUUCUCCAAACGAAGACAGCACUUUGAAAAUUCUUUCAAUGGAUUUUUUUUUCCUUGAAAGAUCGUACUGGGGGAAAAUGAUACUUCUAUUAGUUACAUAUUCUCCAAUCGCAUACUCGCACCCCCCUCGUUUUGAGAUCGCUCCCCUAGGCAGGCUCAGGCGGGCGCGGAGCGGCGCGGAGUGACAAAGCCGCUGCUGCCGCCGCCGGGGGUGGGAGCCGCUCUUGCCCGCCCGCCCCUCGACUCGCGAGGGCGUAAAAGUUUGUCUCAGCUCGAGCAUUCGUAGCGCCAACACGCCCUCAGGUAAAGGUGGAAGUAAAUGGCCACGCUGUAUUGACAGAGCCCCUCCAGCUCGAAUGAUGGAGAGACUGUCAAUGCACUCCGCGAGCGCUGGCCCAUUGUACGCGGCUGAUGGCGAGGAGGCGACUGGGGCUGGCAGGGGCUCCUUGCCCUCGCCCCUAUGCCCAAAUAAACGCGCAAACGCGCUCCCAUCUUCUGGUCACUUAAAAGGUGAAACGAACACGAUUAAAAUAGACCAAAAAAAGAAAGAAAAGAAAACCUUUCUAUGUACAAAUUCUAAAUCGUACUCCCCAUACAGCCAGAGGCAGGGAGUCGAGGGCAGAGGCAGCAGGCAAAGAGAGGGAGACAGGGCGCGGGAAGGAGAACCCGGAGAGAGACGGAGGGAGUGGGAGACGAGCAAGAGCGAGCACCAGGGCACCGCAGGCACGCUGGACGCCCGGUCCACAGGCCCAGCCGCCCUCGGACCCUGGACCGUGCGUCGUGGGCACCAGAAACGAGACUCGGCCAAAUCCUGCCUCACCAGAUUGAGAAACGGAAAUACCACCACCCUUCAGCCAAUCUGCUGGGAGGACUGCUUGCAGGGGACUCGUGCUCCAGAUGUUGCACUAGAGGCGCUGCAAGUGUGAGCAGCAGGUAGAUGAAACUCAAGAGAAAAGUGUGGGUAAAUGAAACUAGCCAAUGAUGAACCCGUUUUCUCCCUGACCACAAUAUGAACCAGGAUGAUGGCGAUACACUGCCUCUAGGACUGGGACAGAUAGCCACUGAGAACCUGCUUCAAAUCACCUUGCACAUUUUCUUGUUGGAAAGAUAACCACUGGAAAACCAUCUCGUUACCUUCAGCAAAAGCGGAAACCAAUCAAGACAUUUAGAAUGCCACAGCAGACAGCAGUGGUUCAGCAGAGGAAGUUUACAAGAUGGUGUGCCACACUAGCUAGAAAUCAGAAAAGAUCGAAGUUAGCCUUUUUAUCUCAGCUGCUCCUUAAAUCAGUGCAACCCCUCCAAAUUAAUGUGAAUUAAAACAUGCAUUGCCUUUCAACUUAAUUCAGUACUUACUAUGUGUGAACCACUGUACAAAAUAGGGGAAGAAAAUGAGGGCAACAAAGAUGUGGGGCCUGUCCUCAAUAAAUUUAGAGUUAGUUUCAGGGUACAUUUUUUUUUUCUUCUGCUGUUGAUUAGGUCUAUCCCUAAGACAAGAAAUAAAUGAAUGGAAAAGUAUAUUCUGUAAGUGUUUUAAAUCUCUUUAAUAAAAAACAAAACAAAACCCCAAAACUCCUAACAUGGGCAACUCGGGACAUUUUAAUCCCCCUUUUUUUGUUGGACUUCUGAUAAGAUACAUUUUAUUGAUUCCAUAAAUAUUCAGUAGACUUUAGAGAUAUUAA